AUGGGCCUUAUAACCAUGGUGGACUUUACUGGGCUUGAAUCUGACUGUAUACGUAAAAUCCUUCAAUGGGUGGACACAAAAAUAUUUCCAUCUACAUCUCAGUUAGACAUUGCUGAAACUUCCUUAUCAGUUAAAUCUACAUAUGGGAGAGUGGACGUCUUAUCUCGAUCAGAAUUGCAUACACCUCUCUUCAAUUCAAUGACAUUCAGUUCACCAUCUUCUUCGUCUCCUCCUCCUUCCACUCCUAGAUGGUCUUACGAUGUAUUUUUGAGUUUUAGAGGAACAGAUACUCGCAAUAAUUUUAUUGCCUCUCUAUACGCUACUCUAUGUCAAGGGGGAAUCAAAACCUAUAGAGAUGACAAUGAUCUUGAAAGAGGAGAGAUAAUUUCACCUACACUUCUCAAAGCCAUUGAGGAUUCAAUGAUUUCUAUUAUUGUAUUAUCUCCAAAUUAUGCAUCAUCCUCAUGGUGCUUGGAGGAGCUAACGAAGAUCCUUGAGUGUAGGAAAACAAAACAACAGAUAGUUUUACCAGUGUUUUAUCAUGUAGAUCCAUCAGAAGUACGAAAACAGAAAGAAAGUUUUGGAGAAGCAUUGGCUAACCAUCAAGAGAGGUUCAAGGAGGACCCGAAGGUGAAUGAAUAUGAAUUUAUGCAUAAAAUCAUUCAAUGGGUGGACUCAAAAAUAGAUAAAUCUACAUAUCGGUUAGACAUUGCUGAGUAUCCAAUUGGACUAGAGUCUCGUAUAAAAGAAUUGAAUACUAAGUUAGGAAUUGGAAGGAAUGACACUACUCUCAUGAUAGAGAUUUAUGGAACUGGUGGAGUUGGUAAAACAACUAUCGCCAAAGCAGUCUUUAACUCAAUUGGACAAGAAUUUGAAGUUAGAUGUUUUCUACCAAAUGUUAGAGAGCUUUUGAGUCGAGAGGACGGUCUGGUCAAACUGCAAGAAAAACUUCUUCGUGAGCUCUCAGGAAACUUUGGAAGUUUUAAUAAUGGCAGUGUUGGAGGUACUAAUGUUAUAAAGCAUAGGCUUUGCUCUAAAAGGAUACUUCUAAUUCUUGAUGAUGUGAAUGAGUCGCGCCAAUUAAAAGAAUUAGCUGGUGAUAGAAAUUGGUUCGGUCCAGGAAGUAGAAUAGUAAUAACAACAAGAGAUCAACAUCUAUUAACUUAUCAUCAAGUUGAUUCAACGUACGAAGUGCAGGGAUUGGACAACAACCAAGCUAUUCAGCUAUUUAGUUGGCAUGCAUUUAAAAGAGACAGGCCAGAUGAAAGUUUUGUAAAAUUCACAAAAUGUAUAAUAGGUUAUGCUAAGGGCCUUCCACUAGCUCUUGAAGUGCUUGGUUCAGAUUUGCGUGGUAGAAGUAUACAAGAAUGGAAAAGUGCAUUGGAAAAGUAUAAAAGAAGUCCUCACAAGGAUAUUUAUGAAAUUCUUAAAAUAAGCUAUGACGGCCUGGAUGAUAAUGAAAAGGAUAUUUUCCUUGACAUUGCAUGUUUUUUCAAGUGGAACUCUGUUGAAUAUGUCACAAAAAUACUAGACGGCUGUCGUUUUUCAUCAUCUAUUGGCAUUGCAAAGCUUAAAGAUAAGUGUCUCAUCAAUAUUUGUGAUCAGUUUGUGGAGAUGCAUGACUUGUUGCAAGAAAUGGGUAAAGAAAUUAUUCGACAAGAAUCGCCUAAAGAAGCUUGCGAACGUAGUCGAUUGUGGUUUCAUGAAGAUGUUCGCCAUGUAUUAGAAGAAAAUACGGUAAGAUCACACAAAUAAAAACCUUUGAAUUUUUAUUUGUUUUCUGCUCACAAAUGAAACUCCCAAAAAACUUUUGAAGUUAAA